UUCAAAUAUCGCCUAAUCGGACUCAUUAAUGUUUUGGUACCAAGUGCUGAAAUUUUGCAAAAUAAAUAAUUUUAUUAACAAACAAUUGUUAAAUUGAGUUGGAAAUAAAAAUAAUAAAACGUAGUUACAUUAAGCGGCUAACCACUUUAUAACCACAGACAUGGAUUAAAUCUAAACGAAGCCAGAAACGGGAAAACAUCCAGAGUAGAGAAAAAAAAACCUAAAAAAUCAUCAACAGCACAGCAGGAGCGAGAAGAAGAAGAGACACAUAAGCAAAGAAAAAGUUGCAAGAGGAAAAAAGUAUAUCCUGGAAACAAAAUACAACCAUAAAAAUUUGCUUUUAACAGUGGAUUAGAUGUCAUUGUGCCAUAGUUGGUGGGAAAAUAAAACCGAAAUUGGCAACAAUUGAAAAAUUCCAACAACAGAACUCUAUCAACAACAACGGCGUCAUGUGGGACUCCUCGUCGAUGUUCCUUUCCACUUUGACGCCUAAAUUUUAUGUUGCUUUGACGGGGACUUCCAGUCUGAUUUCAGGUUUAAUACUGAUUUUCGAGUGGUGGUAUUUUCGCAAGUACGGCACAUCAUUUAUAGAGCAAGUAUCAAUCAAUCACAUUAGUCCUUGGAUUAAUGGCAGUGAUUCUGCAGCUGAUUCUAACGGCAAUACUAGCGGCGCAGGAGCAGGCACAGGUGGCAAUUCCAACACUGGCAGUACUUCAAACGGCGGCGGUACAUCGAGCAGUGGCCAACAAAUGCCCGAAUGUAAGGUAUGGCGUAAUCCGCUGAAUCUAUUUCGUGGUGCCGAAUACCAGCGUUUCUUUUGGGCUACAAGCAAGGAGCCCUUGACAUAUUAUGACAUGAAUUUAUCGGCCCAAGAUCAUCAGACAUUUUUCACGUGUGAAGGUGAUGCGCGUAAAGAGGAAUAUGAGAUAAUGCAAACGGCAUGGCGUGAGCGUAAUCCAGUGCAACGUAUUAAAUCUGCCCAUAAUGCUAUAGAGAUUAAUCCAGAAUGCGCUCCGGCCUAUAUACUUUUGGCAGAAGAGGAAGCCACAACCAUUGUUGAAGCAGAGAGGAUUUUGCGCACCGCCCUAAAGGUGGCCGAACAAAAUUAUCGUAAAUCUCAAGCCACCCAGCACCAGGGUCCCGUUGCUGAAGGUAUACAUCGUCGCGACACAAAUGUUCUCAUUUAUAUAAGACGUCGUUUGGCCAUGUGUGCUCGCAAGCUGGGCAAAUUGAAGGAGGCAGCGAAAAUGUUUCGCGAUUUAACAAAAGAAAUUCCCUCUAUUAUGAAUGUUUUGAACAUCCAUGAGAAUCUCAUUGAAACUUUGUUGGAGAUGCAGGCGUAUGCUGAUUGCCAAGCAGUGUUAGCAAAAUACGAUGACAUCUCCUUGCCCAAAUCGGCUACCAUAUGUUAUACAGCGGCGUUGCUAAAAGCCAGAGCUGUGGCUGAUAAAUUUUCUCCGGAUAUAGCAUCGAAACGUGGUCUAAGUCCUGCGGAAAUGUGUGCUGUAGAGGCAAUACAUCGAGCUGUGGAAUUUAAUCCGCACGUGCCGAAAUAUCUGCUUGAAACUAAACCUCUUAUCCUGCCUCCCGAGCACAUACUAAAGCGUGGUGAUUCCGAAGCCUUGGCCUAUGCUUUCUUUCACCUAAAACACUGGAAGAACAUUGAUGGUGCAUUAAAUCUGCUGCACUGCACCUGGGAGGGUACAUUCCGCAUGUUACCCUAUCCUUUGGAACGUGGCCAUCUAUUCUAUCCAUAUCCCACAUGUACAGAGUGUGCAGAUCGCGAGUUAUUGCCGGCAUUCCAUGAAGUAUCCGUCUACCCAAAAAAAGAGCUACCUUUCUUUAUACUCUUCACAGCGGGCCUGUGCUCCUUUACCGCUUUGUUGGCUCUACUGACACAUCAGUAUCCAGAGCCAAUGGGUUUGUUGGCUCAAACAGUACUUACCUGGAUAUCGUAUCCCUUUCAAUUGCUCAAGGAACGCAUUGAAGCAUUUUGGCCUUGUAAUCUUUUACAACAUAUAUCAAGAGUUUAAACUACUCAAUUACACACAAAAAAAAAGAAACAAAAGCAAAAAAAAAAUAUUCAUAUACACCACAAAAACACUUACUUUUGGUUGCUUUGUUAAGCAAUAUCAAAGAAGUGCAAAUGAUUAUAAUGAUGUCCACCUACAUACACAUACAUACACAUUUUGUUUUCGCACAAAUUUCUCUCUGUGUAAAUUUGGCUAACUUUUCAGGGCCAAGGAUAAAAAGAAAUUACUAUUACAGGUACAAGUCAGUUGUUAGAUCCUUAUAUUUUGAAAUUAU